CCUCAUAGCGCCGGACUUAAGUAGACAUUCAGCCUUUCGCUGGAUGCAGAGGUUGUGCACUCACCCUGAAGCAUCAGUCCCUCGCACAACGCCACAGUGCUUGGGACGCGACAACAGGAGUAGGAAAUUACAAAGAUGUCGCUGUUCAGCUUAUAUAAAAAACUGUUCUCCCUUGGUUCGACUUCAGUUAACUAGCAGCUUCAGUUUGAUUCUUGUCUACGGCUGGAUCAAGUUGUUGUAUUCUCAACUAAAGUCAUUUGGACUUUGUAACUUCAGACACGGAAAUCCACUCCAACCAGGAGAAAUGGCUUUCAUCUCCCCGCCAGAUCAUAUAACAGAGAUUGAAGCGUCCGGCCGUGAGCCAGAGAUGCAUACAUCUCUGGAUUUAGAUCCUCAGACAUUCGAAGAUGAGCUUUCGGGAAACGAAAAACGGACAGACACAGAGAUAGACCCUGCUGUGGACGAAGAAGGCAUUAGGAGGAAGAGUGACCCCACGGCUACAGACAACAACGAUGAUAACAGCGUUGUUGACUGGGAGCCUGGAGAUGCAGAAAAGCCUGUCAAUUGGACAACGAAGAAAAAGUGGUCAAACAUUGCUGUGGUAUCCACAAUCACCUUUCUUACACCUUUGGCAUCUUCCAUGAUCGCGCCUGCCACUCCUCUCAUCAUGGAAGAUUUUCAAUCAACAAACUCGACCGUCGCCAGCUUCAUUGUGUCAAUCUAUGUUCUUGGGUAUGCCCUAGGGCCUCUUUUUCUGGCUCCCUUAUCAGAAGUCUAUGGACGACUCCCUAUCUAUCAUGGCUGCAACUUCAUGUUUGUGAUCUGGACAGUGGCAUGCGCACUCGCUCCGGGGAUCUCUUCUAUGCUCGUUUUUCGGCUUCUAGCCGGCAUUGCAGGAAGCUGCCCGCUUACGAUUGGCGGCGGGUCGAUCGGCGACCUCAUGGUGCAGGAACAAAGAGGUGCGGCCAUGGCUGUAUUUGCUAUGGGACCUUUGAUGGGGCCAGUCAUUGGGCCGAUAGCUGGAGGAUACCUGGGACAGGCCGCUGGUUGGAAAUGGGUCUUUUGGACCAUUGCAGCUGCAGGCGGUGCUGUUCUGAUAAUCUCGGCCUUAAUCCUAAGGGAGACUUACGAACCUGUUCUUCUUGCCCGGCGCGCGAACCGCCUGCAGAGGAUCACUGGCAAUACUGCGUUACGUUCAAAACUAGAUGAGGGUUUACAAAUGCGCCAAUAUUUUCUUCGAGCCAUCGUCCGCCCAACAGGAAUGCUCCUAUUCUCGCCGAUCGUCCUUACUUUGUCGAUCUACAUGGCUAUGGUUUAUGGCUAUCAAUACCUCUUGUUCACGACUUUCACGCAAAUCUUCGAAGACAACUAUCAUUUCAGUCACGGGUCAGUUGGGUUGUCAUUUUUAGGAGUUGGAGUUGGGGCUAUGAUUGGUUUGUUUGCAUUUGGAGCUCUUUCGGAUCGCGUCGUCCAAAGAUUAUCGAUUGCAAGUCAAGGAGAGAUGAAGCCUGAGUACAGGUUGCCUCCACUGAUACCAGGAUCGCUUCUUAUACCUAUCGGCUUGAUUUGGUAUGGCUGGAGUGCUGAUAAGCAUAUCCAUUGGAUCAUGCCAAUUAUCGGAACAGCUUUCGUCGGCAUGGGCCUCCUUGCGACUUUUAUGCCUAUCCAAACCUAUCUUGUCGAUGCCUUUCAAAUGCACGCAGCAUCUGCCCUUGCAGCAAAUACCGUGCUGAGAAGUCUUUUGGGAGCCUUUCUGCCUCUAGCUGGGCCUCAAAUGUAUGACUCACUUGGGCUCGGAUGGGGCAAUACGUUGCUGGCGUUCCUGGCAUUGGCCAUGUCACCUGUUAGUUGGAUCUUUUUCAAGUAUGGCGAGCGACUCCGGAAGAGAUACGAUGUGCAGUUUUGA